UAGCUCAUAAAAUAUCAAUAUUGUAUUCUACAUUUUUUUAGUCCAAUUUAAAAUUUCACCAAUACUUAUAAAAAAAAUAUGCGCAAAAAAGUAAAUUAGUAUAAUUAUAUAAAUUGCCUAGUUCUAUUCAAAAGAUAUUUUAACAAACAACAAAUAUACCAUGUCAGAUGAUUCAUCUUCUGAAGAUGAAAUUACAAAACGAAUACUUCAAGAUUCGAUUGACAAUGAUUUGUUAACAAAUGAUAUGUAUACCAGCAACUCAAAAAAACAGAAAAUCAAAAACACAACGGACAAAACUGUUUCUGCCGUACAAUUCAAACCAUCCCUAAGGCACAUUAUUGAGGACGAAGGACAUGACUAUAAUUUCAUUAAAGUGACACCUGAAUUUCAAAACUUUGUUGCCAAACAUCUCUUCAAACAUUUAGAAAGCGAAAUUGUAGAGAAAAAACAUAAAAAAAAAAAAACUUGCUCGGCGGAAAACAUACAAAAAGGAAUACACUUAUUCAAAGGUUCGGCAACGUUGAUCGACAAUGUGACUUUUCAACCAACGUUGAGAACACAUAGAAAAAAAGCACAACAACACAGAGAUGAUGAAAGACUUAUACUUGAACGCGCAUCCGAAGUGGCCGUUUCGACUGAGCAAGUAUUGAACCGAGAAGAGGUCAAACACUGGGCAAAAGUGACUAAAGGAAAAGUCAUGCAAGUCCGACCAAACGGCGAAGGUACUUUUGACGUUAUUAGUGAUGAUUUUUAAAAUUAAACUUAAUGUAAAAUAAGCUGUAAAAACCGUGACCUAUAUAUACUUACAAUGAAUUGUCGAUGGUUUGUAUAAAUAAUAAUACAAAUUUAGUAAUCGGUAAUUUAUGUAAAUUGUGUUUUUUUCUUAUUCCGUUUUAAUCUGAUUGUAAAUGUAUUAUUAUGGAAAUCGCAUACUAAACAAUUGUGUAUGAACUUA